UUGCGGAUAGCUGGGGGUGCGCAGCUCGGCAUGUGCAGCGCUUCAUAUUCGCUCAAACUGACGCCGCAACCUGCAACUGCCCGAACCAGAGCAGAGAGAGCGGAGGGGAAGGAAUUCUUUUAUUUAUGACCGGGCUAAAUAUAGUUAAACCUCCUUCUUUUUUUGUUUUCAGCAGCAGUAAAGGCGUUUCAGAAAAAUAAGUGUGUCUAUGUGAGAGAGAGAGAGAGAGAGAGAGGGACCAUGAGGGGACCAAGUGAUGCUGAGUUUAGUUCUUAGGUUUCUCCGGGGCGGUGCUGCUGCUGCUGCUGCUGCUGCUGCUGCUGCUGAGGAUACUGCUGAUGCUGACAUGGGUUUCUGGGAGUGACAAAGUUUUCCAGGGUCAUUUUUUGCGCUUGAACUAAUCCAGCUGAUGCUCUGUCUAUCAACUGCAUCAGAGUACCUGGUUUUGGUUCCAUCCGCGCACCUUCCAGGACUGGAGGAUCGGUAAAGCCUGGUGGAUGAUCCCACUCUAAGUGGACUGUCAGAGGCUGCAGACUCCAGACGAGAGUGUGGAGAUGUACUUUGGAAAUUUUCUACUUGUGACUGCCUCAUUCGUCGUCAUUGCAUCAGGAUCCCGAGCACGGUUUGAAGACAGUGCACCUCGGAUUGUGGAAGACCCGUCUGACUUGAUUGUUUCCAAGGGGGAACCUGCCACCCUCAACUGCAAGGCGGAGGGUCGACCCACUCCCACUAUAGAGUGGUACAAGGAUGGGGAGCGUGUGGAAACCGACAAAGAUGACCCCCGGUCUCACCGCAUGCUCCUGCCCAGCGGCUCCCUCUUCUUCUUACGCAUCGUUCACGGACGACGGAGCAAACCAGAUGAGGGCGUCUACACCUGUGUGGCCCGCAACUACUUGGGAGAGGCCAUUAGUCGGAAUGCUUCACUAGAAGUUGCCAUCCUGAGAGAUGAUUUCCGGCAGGCCCCGAGUGAUGUGGUGGUGGCUGCUGGUGAGCCUGCUGUCCUGGAGUGUGUGCCUCCACGUGGUCACCCUGAACCCACUGUGUCCUGGAAACGCAACAACGUCCGAGUCAGCACUAAGGAUGAACGCAUCUCUAUGCGUGGGGGAAAACUGAUGAUCUCUCAUACCAGGAAAAGCGACGCUGGCAUGUACGUUUGUGUGGGCACUAAUAUGGUUGGCGAGAGGGACAGCGAUCCUGCAGAGCUCGUGGUGUACGAGCGGCCUGUGUUGGUGCGAAGGCCCGUGAACCAGGUCGUCAUGGAGGAGGAGACCGUGGACUUCCUGUGUGAGGUCCAUGGAGAUCCUGCUCCCACUGUGCGAUGGAGGCGAGAGGAAGGAGAGCUUCCCCGCGGGAGGUUUGAGAUCCGCAACGGCAACAGCCUCCGUUUGUUCCGCGUGAAAGAGCAGGAUGAAGGGACAUAUACCUGCACAUCUGAAAACAGCGUGGGCAAGACAGAGGCUUCAGCCAUGUUGCAGGUCCACGUCGGGCCACGCUUACCACCUCAGAUUGCCACAAAGCCCCGAGACCAGAUUGCUACCCAAGGGAGGAGCAUCACCUUCCAAUGCGGCACCACAGGAAACCCUCCACCUGCCAUCUUCUGGCAGAAAGAGGGCAGCCAGAUGUUACUGUUCCCAGGUCAGCCGCCAUCACAGUCAGGCCGUUACUCUGUUUCCAUGGACGGAGAGCUGACCAUCACUGAUGUCCACCCUGAGGACUCUGGCUUCUACAUCUGCCAGGCCAUCAGUGUUGCAGGAAGUGUCCUGACUAAGGCACUGCUGGAGGUGGAGGGAGGCCCUUCAGGCCGUGUCCCACCGAUCAUUCGCCAAGGCCCAGCCAAUCAGACGGUAUCUCAAGGUUCGACAGCACAGCUACACUGCCGUGUAAUCGGCGGGCCCUCUGUCAAAAUUUCAUGGGAGAAGGAUGGAGAGACACUUCAGGGAAAUAAACCUCGACUGACCUUGAUGGAAAAUGGCACAUUGCAAAUAACAGACAUAAAGGACUCAGACUCUGGGAUGUACACAUGCAUGGUAUCCAGCGCCACAGGGGAGUCGAGUUGGAGUGGGAUGUUGACUGUCAGAGAGGAAGGCAUUUCUUCAGUGUCCAGAGUUUCGGAGUUCAUCCAGCUUCCAGGGCCGCCGCAGAAACCAGUGGUGACGGAAGUGACCAAAAAUACUGUCACUCUCACCUGGCAAUCAAACCCCCAUGAGGGCGGAGCCGCUGUCACCUCCUACAUCAUCGAGGCCUUCAGUCAGUCAGUGGGUAGUACCUGGCAAACAGUAGCAGACCAUGUGAAGCAGGAGAGGCACACCGUGGUCGGACUGUUCCCCAACACAGUUUAUCUGUUCAUCGUCAGAGCAGUCAACUCCUACGGCCUCAGUGACCCCAGUCCAAUCUCUGAGCCUGUCAGGACACAGGAUGGGAGUCCUACAGAACAGGGUGUGGACCACAGACAGGUGCAGAGGGAAUUGGGAGAGGUGUCUGUCUACCUGCAGAAGCCAGUGGUUCUGUCUCCUAGCAGUGCCAGGAUUUCUUGGAGUGUCGCCCGUCAGUCCCGGUAUGUUCAGGGCUACCGCAUAUUUUACCGCACCAUCGGCAGCUCCUGGUUGGUCCAGGAUGUGGAGGCUACCUCUGACCAUAGCACCAUCUUAGUAGAUCUGCACCCCAACAAAGAGUAUGAAGUCAAAAUACGGCCAUACUUCAAUGAGUUACAAGGUCAUGACAGCCUCAUGGUUUUGCUGCGUACACCUGAGGAGGUUUUAAGUGCAGCUCCACAGGCUGUGUCGGUGGUGCAGCUCGCCAACAGCUCCAGCAUCAGUGUGUCUUGGGAGCCUCCGCCGCAUAACAUCCACAACGACAUCAUUGGAGAGUACAAGGUGUGGUGUUUGAGCAGCAGUGUGGAUCAGGAUGUCCAGAUCAACCGGACUGUGGACGGAGCUGUUCUCUCCAUCUUGUUGACAGGCCUGUUGCCCGACGUUCACUACACUGUUGUGGUGGCUGCUGUCACCGGCCUGGGUGUGGGUGCUCAAAGCCCACCUGUCAGUCUGCUUCUCACUUCGCCAGUGGACAAAUCUGUGAAGAAAGGUGGCAAUUUUAGUUUAUCAGAGCAGAUCACAAAUGUUGUUUGCCAACCAGCCUUCAUGGCAGGACUGGGCGUUGCUGCGUGGCUGGUGCUAAUGGGCUUUAGUAGCUGGUUGUAUUGUCGCCACCACAGAAGGAAGCAGCUGGGACAUUAUACCACCUCCUUUGCAUACACACCAGCAGUUGGCUUUGCUCACAGCGAGGGAUCUGGAAUCAUCAAUGGAGGUCCUGGCAUGUUAGGAUCAAAUAUGGGGAACUACCCAUGGCUGGCUGACUCCUGGCCUACUCCUAACCUCACCCACAGCAAAGAGUCUGUCAACUGCUGCUCUGGAAAACUGGACUCAGAUAGAUAUUAUAACACUGUCGGUAUUACAAACUACCCAAACCAGUCAGAGAAGCACAGCAUGGCCUCCAACGACAGUCCCAUCUACAGCACCAUUAACACGGCUGCUGAAGACGACCUGCUGGCGUACUACGACACCUACUCCAGUGCAUCCUACACUCAGGGUCCGGACCCCUACAGCAGUAACCCAGUGUUGUCAAACAACGGGCUGGUGGGUUUGGAGCAGGACCUGGACCAGUGGACCAUCCGCUCUGGUCAGUCUGGGUCUGAGUACGCAAAGCUCCAGUACACCAAGAAAAGCAACGAUAAACUGGUUAAGCAGAGGUCCACUGGCUCCUCAUCCAAGUCAUCUCCUCUCACCUGGGUGGAUGUUCUUUCUCUGCCUCUUCCUGCCAAUAAAGACAGAGGUCUUACGAGGACAGACCAAGAUGAGGAGAAACACAGUUCUGAGGAUGACGAUGAGGACUGGUGUCCUCCGCUGCCUGCCAGGACCUACCUGAUGGAUGCCUCCAGGGAGGAACUCUCCAGCGUGCCCUCCAAACAAGAUGAGCUGUCCUACACACCAGCCCUGGUGCCUUCUCCUCAGAGAGACCAGCACAAGGCCAGUGACAGUUCACGGCUUCAGCACUUUGACCUCUUGGCCCGUCACCGCUCCAGCUCCCACGUCUCCCAGUCCAACCCAGAUCUGUUUGUCAACACCAAAGCCCGGGAUGCCAGUGAGGUGUACCACACCAGCCAGUGGGCAGACAAUUUUAAUGGGGAUAGCCUCAGCAAAGAACAAUCUCCUGUUCCAGCUGCCGAGUUGAGCCCUGCAGUCCAGGCACACAGAUCCAGGAGUAAGAAGAAAACCCCUAAGGAAGGGCAGCUCAGGAGAGAGCUCCACGGCCAUGCAGAACUCCCCGCUCCACCAGCCCCUCCUCCUGCCGUAGAUUCCCUGCAGCUCUUAGCGGACGUUCUAGGCCACAGCCGAACAGAGGGUGACAGGAAAGAUGGGAGCGACUCACCCACUCUUCAGAGGAGGGGAGAUCAUCUUUCACCCCCGAGGAGAGCGCCUCCAAAGUGGUCAUCGCAGGAUGAGAAUGUAAUCUCAUAUGGACAGUCGAGCUUCCUGCCCAAAGUCCAGAUGUCAGGCUACGGGUCCCUGGGUGGGGGGGUCUUUGGCCGAUCCUCCACCACUGGCCGAAGGAGAGAUGAGAACCUCAUGUAGAAGAAGCAGAUUACGUGACAUGACAUCCUCCUCUUUCCUCUUUGCAAACCAUCAGUCUGUUUCCAUGGCAUCUUAUGAAAAUCUGAAGACUAAAGGGAAGACAUCAAGGCUUGCCAUCUGCCUUUUCACAAACUACUGCUAUUUGUAUUGAUUUUUUUAUUUUAAGUAUUUAAUCUUUAUUUUUGUGUGAUUUUGUUUGCCCACCCCUCCAUGUAUAUAGACAUAUUUGCAAUUUUUUUAAAGAUGUGAUCAGAUAUAUUGCUAAAAACGAUUUGGGGGGGAUAAAAGUAUUGUAUUUUUCGGCAUAACUAUUACAUAUUGUACAGCAGAUUACUGAAUGUAUCUUCUGUUUAACCUUGACCAUGAAGUCAUGAUGAUGUGUUUGAAUGACUGCGAAGGACACAAGGCAGGAGCUGUGUUAUCAAACCAUCAAGUGUGUGUGUGCGUGUGUGUGUGUGUGUGUGUCAGUGCAUGUGUAGUGUAGUUUUUAUCUUUUAUCUGUGUGCGGCUGUGUACUGUGGUAUCCCUGUAGAUCACCAGUGUGUUAGUUCUGUCAAGAUUUUUAAACUGACCAAUAAAACAAUAAAGUAUUUGUUACAAAA